AUGACAUUCCUGAUUAGAAGAAGAGCGUUGAAAACAAAAUCCAAGGAUAAAGGCUUAUCAGUCUAUGGGGCAACUUGCUCCCCAGUCAACAUUGUUUCACCCACACAAACGCUGCCUCCAUCCGAUUCAGCCACGACACUCGCUGGAGCUCUAGAUACACCACCAUCAAACACAUCGCGGUGCAAGCAACUCAACGUUCCUGGGCCUCAAGAUGCGGCAGUCAAGAACUACAGUGAGUGGCAUGCAUCCAAAGUAGAUGACUAUGACCUCAAGAAUGAUUACCGAAAGGCAUAUCAAGUGAUCUUUAACCGUCCAGAUCCUAACUUUUUCAUAGAAAGGGAGGUGAAAAUAGGCACGGCCCAUCGUUUUGUUGAUGUUGAUGAUAUUAUGGAAUGGGCUGAACGUUAUUGA